UCUCGGAAUAUUCAUAAAACAUGCAGAAUUUCCCACAGGUGGGACUACACAAGGAGAUUACAUGCAAAUGGCUACUUCAGCUGAGGCUAAGCUAGUGCUCAGCAGAGGAGGGAACCUGCUCGUCGGGAAAUAAUUUAGGAUUAGAUAGGCUGUCUAAUCUCUUUAUAGACUGUGCCAUCUCAGCAGCAUACCUGCCUACCUCUACAUCCAUGUCAUAUCUCUUAACAGCAACUGCGGCUUUCGCUUUCCAUACAUUAUGGAUACUUUGUUCCGAGACAAGAGAAAGAAGUGCUUCUGUGUGUAGUCGUUUCUGUUGAGCCUUUCUGUGCCUUUGGUUGUGACAGUACAUGGAGCUGCCUAUACACACCCAAAUCGAAGUUAUACCAUGCAAAAUCUGCGGAGACAAAUCAUCAGGUAUCCACUAUGGAGUCAUUACAUGUGAGGGAUGUAAGGGUUUCUUCAGACGAAGCCAGCAGAACAAUGCCUCCUACUCCUGCCCUCGUCAGAGGAACUGCCUCAUCGACAGAACGAACCGCAACCGCUGCCAACACUGCCGUCUGCAGAAAUGUCUCGCUCUAGGAAUGUCCAGAGAUGCGGUAAAAUUUGGCCGCAUGUCCAAGAAGCAACGCGAUAGCCUGUAUGCAGAAGUCCAGAAACACCAGGCUCGACUGCAGGAGCAGCGGCAACAGCAGACGGGCGAAGCAGAAGCUCUGGCACGCGUUUACUCGUCAAGCCUCACCAACGGACUGUCCACCCUCAACCAUGAAAUUGGGGGCACCUAUGCCAAUGGCCACGUAAUUGAGUUACCCAAAGGUGGCCAUGGUAAUGGAGGAGGAGUUCCGGGAGGUUACUAUGGGAUGGAUUCCACUCAGCCGUCUCCAGACCAGUCGGGGUUGGACAUGUCGGGCAUGAAGCACAUUAAGCAGGAGCCGGUGUACGACCUGACGCCGGUACCCAACCUGUUCAGCUACGGAGGAUACCAGGAGAGCCAGCUGGGGCCGAACAAUGUCAGCAUGGGAGAGCUAGACCGUAUUGCUCAGAAUAUCAUAAAGUCUCACUUGGAGACAUGCCAGUACACGACGGACGAGCUGCAGCAGCUAGCCUGGCAGACACAUUCCUACGAAGAGGUCAAGAUGUAUCAGAGCAAGCCGCGGGACGUGCUGUGGCAGCAGUGUGCCAUUCAGAUCACCCACGCCAUCCAGUACGUGGUGGAGUUCGCCAAGCGCAUCUCAGGGUUCAUGGAAUUGUGCCAGAAUGACCAGAUCCUCCUCCUCAAGUCCGGCUGUCUGGAGGUGGUCUUGGUGCGGAUGUGCAGGGCAUUCAACCCUCUCAACAACACUGUCCUCUUUGAGGGGAAGUACGGAGGCAUGCAGAUGUUCAAAGCUCUCGGUUGUGACGACUUAGUAAGUGCAGUGUUUGACUUUGCCAAGAGUUUGUGUUCGCUGCAGCUGACAGAAGAGGAGAUCGCUCUGUUCUCGGCAGCCGUACUAAUUUCCACAGACCGGCCCUGGCUAAUGGAGCCUCGGAAAGUCCAGAAGCUCCAGGAGAAGAUCUACUUUGCUCUGCAGCACAUAAUGCAGAAGAACCACAUGGAUGAAGACGCACUGGCUAAGCUCAUCAGCCGAAUCCCAACGUUGUCGGCCCUGUGCACGCUUCACACCGAGGAGCUUCAGGCCUUCCAGCAACUCCACCCGGAAACAGUCAACGUCCUCUUCCCUCCGCUCUACAAAGAACUCUUCAAUCCCGACCCAAACUCCACCAUGGCCAUGCCCAAGUGACUGCCUGCGGUCCACGCGCAACCGACGGCGCCGGCGGAGGACCAAGAAAAUAAGGAAUCCACGCGUGACGAGACAGUGGCGCCCGUGUCGACUACGUCACCGCCGUGGCGCCCACAUAUUUCCGAGCUCCCCCAGACACAUUUCAGACUGGAGGGUGUGGAGUCGUCUGCUGAAAGCUUAGACUUACCGCCAACAGUACUAGGAAUGUCCAGCACUUAUUCCAUCUCGUUCACCGAUACAGUCUGAAGAAUGUAUAUAUAAACGAAACGCGCCCCGAGCCACCACCCGAGCGGGACUUCCACCUGAACUGAACUGACUGACCAGAAAUGUACAGACUCUAAAACAUCUAGGAACAGUUUUAAGCUGUCAAUCUUUUAAGAAAAAAAAUGGGUAAGUUAAUUUGAUUUAACUUUUGGAAAAAAAAAAAAUUGUUUUGGUUUAUUUCAUUUGUUUUUGUUCCUAUGAAGACAUUGUGAAGUUGAAGAAGCUGGAUGGGGGAGGGAACUGUGGAUUUAGAGAAGCUACUGUAGAUAUUCUUCUAGUGGAGAGCGGAUUCCAGUAUUACUUCUUGUUCUGUUUAAAAUAAGUUAGUCCUAAUUUAAAUACUCGGCAGUCCAGUGCGGCUGGCUAUACCAUGUCUAUGUGUUUUUAUUUUAUUUGAUAGUUUCUUGUGUACAGAAUUUGUAAAAUUGAGACUUGUAAAAGAAUACUGGGUAAAAACCGGGAACUGAUUUGGGUUUGUUGAUAUAUAGAAGCCUUGUCUGGACUUUGUUCAUAUGUAAAGAAGGUAUGACUUCCUUCUGAUCAGACCUUAUAGAAAUGUAAAGAGAGCAUAUGAAGGAUUUUAAAAAGAAAAAAAUAAUGGCGACUACUUUUCAAUGUGAAAAUAUAUACAUAAAUAUUCUAUUUUGCAAGAAAAAGAAUCUGGCAGAUUUGCCGUCCUAUCAAUCAUUUAUUUCUCGCUGCAAUAAUUACGUCCAAUAAAACCUGGACUGCUUUUGAACAAUCAACCAGAGACACAUAAUAAGAGACCAGGACCUCGCAUACAUCCCGACACCUCCUCCCAUAAUCCUCCAACCCUGCCCUAAAACCCCCAUGUAACUGGAAUUGGCCGACAGAAGUGGAUUUUGAAUCACAAUGAGGAAAUGUUUGAAUAUUCCUCAAGAAAAAAAGUAGAAUUACAAGCAACUUGAAUGAAAUUCACAUAACUUUUAACACUCACACUUGCAUGAGUGCUUUAUACCCUCAUUUCAUCCAACCACUAUUUGCACAAUCCAGUCCAUGGAUGUCAAUAUGAAGGACCCUUUCUCUACAGAGCAAUAACUUUCUCACUGCCUUUCUGAUCGUACUCCUCUCGUCUCCUUCUCUUCCUCUGUAUCAGCUGUCCAGGACAGUGUAGCAGUUUUACCUACGAUGCACUAUAUUUCUCUUUUGACCGCUCGUUUGGUCUAAAAGUCAUUUCUAAAGAUGGCAUUCAUUUCACCACAGGCGUUGAAACAUGAGCUGAAAAAAAUUUGACAAAAGCUUUGCCUUCAGAAAUUUUAGCAUCACAUCACAGCUGUUAUUUUACACCAACAAUUCAUACAGUAAGCUACAAUAAUAGACAAUCUUUUUUUUAUUAUUAUUCUUUUAAUCAGAAAGCUGUUGUUGAUUUAUCUGUGACACAUAUUUGGCCACUGUGUAAAAACAAGCAGGUGUUACUGAGCAUUUACAUCUGUGGAAACUGAGCGUGAAGCCACUAAAUGCAUUUAAGAAAAGCUUUCGGGAAAAAUCCCAGCUGAACUACAGCUCACUCCUCACAAAUUCCACUUUCUCUCCUGUUUAUUACACAGUGGCCAAAAGCUUGUCUUCAUACAGAGACAUUAAACAUUAGUUUCACUUAUGUGAAAAAAAAAAAUAAAUCCAUGUCAAUAGUGUUGAGAACCAGAAAGAAUUUCAACCGUCUCCAAACUUCUCCCAUCCAAUCUGUCUAACGCUGCAUUAUCGAUCAAAUAACAGGCUCCUUAAAAAUCCAGCAUAUUUCCCUUCAAACCCGACCCGACAACAGAUCAGAGGCCAGUGACUCUUACAGACAAUCACUUGCUCAUAAAGGCUUGAUGCACUACGAAGCAUCUCUCAGGGAGCAGCUCUUUUUCUGACUUUGCAUUAAAAGAGGGUUUAAUAUUUUUGCAAAAUUUACAAAAAAAAAAAUAAUUAUAAAAGAAAACCUUUUUAGGAU